AUGAUAUCCAAUAGAAUAGAUUUGGGCCCUGAGGAGCCCAAAGAAACAUUAGUCAACUUUCCCCAGUCCAUAAUGAGUGGCGUGACCAAAGAGGGAGGCUUGGUCUCUCUCACAUUCAAGUCUAUCAAAACAGCUGAUUUGGUUGAGAAUUUGGAUAUGAUGCGCCAAUCGCUAAUACGGCCCACUGACGAGUUUUUGCCCACGAGAAUAUCCAGCGAUGAAUUUGACCCAGAGCAAGUAACACUGAGGAUAACUAAGGCGGCUCAACCUAUCGAAUACGUUCUGGAAACCAACGAAAUAUCAUCUUUGCAUCAAAAAUUACAGAAUAACGACGCCGAUGUAGGCGAAUUGUUAACUAAAAAGGUCGAAAACAAUAGCUCCAAACUGCUUGUCGUGGCAGAGACUAAGGUAAUGUCGGUGAAUUACAACAUAAAAGUUGAGGUUGCCCCAGACCAGUGA